AUGGCGAAUCUCGAGCACCUGAAGAAGCUUCGAACGUCAGCACGAUCUUCGGUUACUCGCACUAUCACCGAACUGAAGACUCUUCUGACUACGACGCCUUUGCCUCGCGAUCAACUACGAGAUAAACUAGGCUUCCUGGAUGAGAAGUUUUCAGCCCUUAGCCAGCAAGACCAGUUGGUUCAGAAUCUCAUCACAGACGAACUUGUGGAAAGUGAGUGCGAGGCCUGCGACCGCUAUCUGGAAUCGGUCAUAGCAAUCAGGUUUCAAGUCCGCGCUGCGCUGGGCACUUUGACCUCGACGCAAGUGUCGCCCGCUACAGGUGAUGCCCCAUCAUUGCCGACAGUCCAACGUCUCGCAUCCCCUACAGAUGGUAUUACCCUGCCGAAGCUGAAGAUCGACACCUUCAACGGAGACCUGUCUAAAUGGCAGGGUUUCUGGGACCAAUUCCGGGCAACAGUUCACGAUAACCAGCGUCUGACUGACGUCAACAGGUUGAAAUAUCUUGUCUCCCUCGUUACCGGACCAGCAGCUCGUGCCAUUGAAGGCCUUACGAUCCUCGACGGGAAUUACGCGACUGCAGUUGAGAUCCUUAAGAAGCGGUUUGGAAAGAGCGAGCUUCUGGUGACCGAACACAUGGGAUCGCUCUUUGAUCUCAAGCCGGUGACGUCUAUUAGCGAUGUCAAGGGUUUGCGUGAGCUGCACGAGACGGUUACAGUCAGAAUAAGGAACCUGAAGAGCCUCGGAGUCACGCUGAGCCAGUACGCGAUUGCCGUUCGUGAGGCUGUCCUGCGGAAGAUCCCCAAGGAACUCGAAUUGGAAUACUAUAAACAGAAGGAUGAAGAGUCGACUGUUGACACACUGACAUCUCUUCUGGACUUCCUUGAGACUGAGAUUGAGUGCCGCGAGCGAGUUCGACGUUCAGCGGAGGACGUUCCGCUUCCGAAACGCAGGGCACCCUUAACACCUUCUGCAUUGUCACUUACGGCCAAUGCAACGGACUCUUCAUGCAUCUUAUGCAAGUCCUCCCAGCAUCUUCUCGAAGGCUGUGACAGAGGGCUGAGCCCAGAUGAAAUCAGAAAUACCCUACGUCGCGAAGGUUGCUGUUUCCUCUGUGGAAAGAAGGGCCACCGCUCCAAGGACUGCCGUGUCUGCUGGAAGCUCCGAUGUGGACGCUGUCACAGGCGACAUCUCACUCAGCUAUGCCUGGGCUCGUCGAGGACUGAACAGCCUGCCGCCUCCAAUCCCUCUUCUGCGCUUGCCGCCACUACCUCCACCGAAAACGUUGUGACGUCCUUGUCGUCAUCAACUAUUUUUUCAUCUCCACGCUCUGAUGUACUGCUGCAAACUGCUAAGGUGUGGCUCGAAGGAAGCAACGGCCGGAGGAUCCUAGCCAGAAUCCUUCUCGACGGUGGCAGCCAGCGUAGUUUCAUCCGUCAAGAAGUAUCGACGAAGAUCGGGUGCAACAUGAUCAGAACCGAAAAUUUGAGGGUCCAUACUCUUGGCAACGUCUCUUCGCGCCGCAAUAAGUACCGUUGCGUUCAAGUGCUUUUACGGAGCCAGUUCUCCUCCUCGAGUAUCGUGAUCGAAGCAGUGGAGUACGACGACAUCUGCUCGGACAGCUUACCGUCCUUGAAUUCGACAGCGGCACAGCAUGUGAAAAGCAUGGGUCUCCAGCUUGCCGACGAGCCCUCAGCUCCUACCGAAAUCUCCCUGCUACUUGGAUCCGACUUUUACUGGAAAGCACCGGCGUAA